AUGGCCCAUAGUAACGGACUUGAAAUGUUUGAACUUAUCAAACAGAUAGGGAAAGGAAGCUACGGCGAAGUGACGUUGGCUCGUCACAAACGAGACAGAAAACAGGUGAGUUAUAAAUGUGUCAGUGAAAAGAAGCUACGACGAAGUGACGUUGGCUCGUCACAAACGAGACAGAAAACAGUGAAAGGAAGCUACGACGAAGUGACGUUGGCUCGUCACAAACGAGACAGAAAACAGUAUGUACUGAAGAAAAUUAACCUAAUGAAAGCAUCUAAAAGAGAGCGAUCUUCAGCCGAACAAGAAGCAAAGUUACUGUCAAAAUUAAAGCACCCAAAUAUUGUGUCUUAUAAAGACUCCUUUGAGAAAGAUGGAAUACUGUUCAUAGCCAUGCAGUAUUGUGAGGGAGGAGACCUUUAUACAAAACUCAAGGAAAAUAAAGGCCAGGCUUUAGAUGAACGACAGGUUGUUGAGUGGUUUGUACAGAUUGCCAUGGCUUUACAGUAUAUGCAUGAAAGAAACAUCUUACACAGAGACUUAAAAACCCAAAAUAUAUUUCUUACUAAAAGUAAAAUUAUCAAGGUCGGUGACCUUGGUAUAGCAAGAGUCCUGGACAGCUCCAGUGACAUGGCUACUACUCUAAUUGGAACUCCUUACUAUAUGAGUCCAGAGCUGUUUUCAAAUAAACCCUACAAUCACAAGUCCGAUGUUUGGGCACUGGGCUGCUGUGUUUACGAGAUGGCGACACUAAAGCAUGCAUUCAAUGCCAAAGACAUGAACUCCUUAGUAUACAAAAUACUGCGAGGAAAGAUGCCUCCUAUGCCAAAACAGUACACAGCAGAACUCCUCCAGAUCAUCAAAAAUAUGCUACACCAAGACCCAGAGAAACGUCCUACAGUUAAUCGCAUCCUCCGUGACUCCUACAUCAAAAAGAACAUCUCAAUCUUCCUAGAGGAAACCAAGAAGAGUCGACCAAGUAGUGCCAGCAAGCCAAGUAGUGCGACUCGAGUGCGACCCACUUCAUCGCGGUCCAGUGCCAGUCACAGUGAGAGAUCCCAGUAUUCACGGCCACCACCCGCUCCAUCAUCUCAGGAUGUUGUUGAUGGAGGAAAAGAGAAGGUCAGUGUGUUUCAUGUUAAUGCCAAUAGCCACGGUAACCGUGACAAGGAACCACCACCAUCGGAGCCACAACCAGUACCAGUGGUUCUACGAAAACCCACUCAUGCAAGAAAACCCUCUGAUGGUGCCAAGCAAGAGCUGCCCCCAAUAGCAGAGGACAAGGCAGUAGCACAUGCAGAAAAGAGACUUGAUUCAUCAUCAGGGUCAGAUCACGACACAGUCAAAGCAAAAACUGUUAAAGAGAAAGAGAAACCUUCUUCACCUAAGAAGAACAAUUCAUCUAGUCCCAGAAAGAAGAAGAAAGAAAGUUGGUUAUCCAAGAGAAAAGAUGUUGAUAAGCCUGAUGGUGAUUCUGCUGGGAAUGUAGAGUCAUCAGCUGCUGCAGUCAGCUCUAACCAUAAAAAGUCCAUUUUCAAAAACCCAAAGCCAGUAGAUAAGCCACGCCCAUUACCCCCUCCCCCUAAGGUGGAGGAGUCUGAGGGUCUUCCUCAUCAUCGUCCAGUCAUUAGUCAAGACAAGCAUUCAGCCACCGAAUCCAAAUCCUCAAGUACCUCCAGUUCUCGAGAGGAUGCAUCUUGGGAUGCAGAAACACCAAGGAGCUUACCAAACCUGUCUGCCCGAGAAAGACGUAGGAACAAUGCUUCGUCUUCAAUGGAACGUCCUCAAUCAGCUCGUCAUGUCAAAUUAAAGCGACCAGAAUCACAGAGGGUAACAAAAGCUGAAAGAAGUGAGCAUGAACCAGUCCGAACAAAAACCAAACCCAAAAUCCGCCAGCCAUCUAUACAAGAUGAUAGCUCAAGUUCUGAGGAGGAAACACUCAAGGAAAAUGAGGACUUGAAGAGAAAUAAAGAGAAACACAGGGAGAAUAAGGAGAUGAACAAUUUUAUAUCACUGCUGGACACCACGCUGAAACUGAACAAGGAGGAUGACAAAUCUGAUGAGGAAUCAGUGGACAGCAAGGUGGUGGUGGUGGAGGAAGAGGAGGAGGAAAAAACACUGUCACCCAUUCCUAGUCCAGAUAUCCACCGAUCAGCCUCACUGCCAAGUGUUGAGACUUUGUGUAGUGCCAACAGACUGAGCCAGAGAAUACAACUCUUACACAAAGAUUGUGUUUCCGGUGUUGGGUUUGAAACACUCCACAAAGCAUACCAAAUCCUCAGUAACAUUGAAGACGAUGAAGUGGAGCCUCAGUUGGUGACUUUGAUGGGGAAGGAGAAUUUCGAUUUGUAUGCAGGCAAGAUCUGGCAGCUCAAGUUCUGUGAGGAAUGUCUAUUGCAGCUUCCAAACCUACAGAGCUAACUACUAUUCUAUCAUAAAGAAAAGUAUUGACAUUUUACAGUAAUUAUUGAAUCCUCAAGUUGAAUGAUCACUGGCUGUCACCUCCCUUGACACAUUAAGUGCACUGUAACCAGCACUUCAUCUUUCAUGGUUAAUCAAGUGGGUGGGCAUUUAAGCGUUAAUUAACGUCACUGUCUCACAUUUUAAAUAUUUUCACUAUUACAUACCAAGGAUACUGGGUUUGUUCCUACACAGGAUCAACAUCAUAUGCAUGUCACACUUUUAAAACCAAGGUGGGAAAGAAGUUCGCAAAAUUUGUUGAACAGCUAAAAUUUUCUAUCACGUCUUGUACAUACAGAAUUUGUCCUUAAGCCUUUUGUUUCUAUAUUUUACAAGUGACGUUAGUAAGGAUGUCUGGUUCAGUGUUUUAAGAAUUUCUUCAAGUUGAUCAUACCAACUUUUCUGACAUGAGAUGUACCCAGUACUUUAUGGUAUAUGCAGUCCUGUGAUUGUGAUACAAAUUUAUCAAGUAGUUAUAAUAUAUAUACCUGUGUGUUUUUAAGUAGAAUUCAUAGAAACAAUUAUUUAGUUGCUGGUGAAAGAAAUGUUUAAAUGUAAACCAGUUCAUAUCAUA